GCUCCUGUGGCAUAAAUGACGUUCGGAGAGAGCAAGCGAGCGCGCAGCCGGGAGAGCAGUCUCCUGCCUCCCCCCAGCUUGCAGCACCUCUCCCUCUCCUCACACAAACGCACACACGCUGACACAUACACACUCUCAUCCCCAGAUACACACACCCAGAAGCGCACACUGCAUACACACUCCACACGCUCACACACUGCAUACACACUCCACACGCUCACACACCUCUCCGACAGAGCUUUUCGGUGCACAGCCGCGCCGGCGAACCCCGCCUCCGGCUCACAUUGUCACCCUGACAGGAGCAGCGGAAACUGCAGCGGGAAUAACAGAGGCUACGGCAGCGGCAGCAGCGGCGCGGCUGCAUUUUUCCCUGGGUUUAUUCCUUUCCUGGCUCAGGAGCAGCAGGAGCCAGGGCGCCCACUGAGCUCCUCUUCCGUGCUUUCCCAUGAGUUGGGAUCGCAGCAUCUCCUGCGAGUCCGCAGUCUCUGGGAGUUCCUCAGUUUGUACAAGUCAGCCCUUCCGGGACCUCGGCUACUACUCCCCCAUGAAGAUUUCGGGGCAGUCCUCUAUAAACUCGAUAUAAAGACGGAACCGCCACAGCAGCCAAAACCCAGUUCGGAAGAGCGCCGCCAGCCCAGCGCCAGCUCUCAGACUGGAACCACUGACGACCACAGCAGCUUCACAGCCGCCACCCCGUUGGGCCCAACGCCCCCUCCUCAGCCCCUGUCUGUAGCCUCCUCCGGAGAGACCACCAGCCCCAACAUUCAGCGCACAAGAUUCCCUCCAGAUAUGCCCUGCGUGCAAGCUCAAUAUAGUCCUUCGCCUCCUGGUUCUAGUUAUGCUGCGCAGACAUACGCUUAUGGCUCGGAAUACACCUCGGAGAUCAUGAACCCCGACUACACCAAACUGAAUAUGGACUUAAGCAGUACUGAAAUCACAGCCACAGCCACCACUUCCCUGCCCAGCUUCAGUACCUUCAUGGAGGGUUAUUCCGGGAGUUACGAGUGUAAGCCCUCUUGCCUGUACCAAAUGCAGCCGUCGGGUCCCCGGCCCCAGAUCAAGAUGGAAGAUUCCCGGGGGCACAGUUAUCACCACCAUUCGUCCAUUCCGCCGCCUUCCUCCUCCUCAGAAGAGGAAGUGAUGCCCAGUACCUCUAUGUACUUCAAGCCGUCUCCCCCUUCCACCCCAACCACGCCCAGCUUCCCCACGCCGCAAACGUCCAUGUGGGACGAGACACAUCAGCUGCAGGCCACCCAGACUUGCCUCGCAACAAGUCACCUGAUAAAUGCCCCAAUGAAAACUCGCUUCCCUCUGAUCCACUUCAAGCCCUCGCCACCUCACCCUCCGACUCCCAGCCCAGUGGGAGGCCAUCACCUCUGUUAUGAUCUCCUCUUAGGAGCCGCGGACCGGGCUGCUGCUAGUGGCCAGCCAGCCCCCAUGGAGGGCCACCCUUAUGGGCUGCCAAUAGCCAAGAGGCCUGCUCCCUUGGCUUUCCCCCAGCUGAGUCUGACACCUACUGCUGCUGCUGCCUCAGCCGGGUCCAGCCUGCUAGGAGAGAGUCCCAGCCUUCCUUCACCUCCCAGUAGGAGCUCCUCCUCCGGUGAAGGCACUUGUGCUGUGUGUGGGGACAAUGCAGCGUGCCAGCACUACGGUGUGCGCACCUGCGAGGGCUGCAAGGGUUUCUUCAAGAGAACAGUGCAGAAAAAUGCAAAAUACGUUUGCCUCGCAAAUAAAAAUUGUCCAGUAGACAAAAGACGUCGAAACCGAUGUCAAUACUGUAGAUUUCAGAAGUGUCUCAAUGUCGGCAUGGUUAAAGAAGUUGUCCGUACUGAUAGUCUCAAAGGAAGGAGAGGUCGGCUGCCUUCCAAACCAAAGAGCCCUUUACAGCAGGAACCUUCCCAGCCCUCUCCACCUCCUCCUCCAGUCAGUGUGAUGAAUGCCCUUGUUCGUGCUUUAACGGAUUCAACUUCCAGAGACCUGGAUUAUUCCAGAUACUGUUCGGGUGAUCAGGCUGCGGCAGGCACUGAUGCAGAACAUGUACAACAAUUCUAUAACCUUCUGACAGCCUCGAUAGAUGUGUCUAGGAGUUGGGCUGAAAAAAUUCCAGGAUUUACGGAUCUCCCUAAAGAAGAUCAAACUUUACUAAUAGAAUCUGCCUUUUUGGAGCUGUUUGUUCUCAGACUUUCCAUCAGAUCUAACACAGCUGAAGAUAAGUUUGUAUUCUGCAAUGGACUUGUGCUUCAUAGACUUCAGUGCCUUCGUGGAUUUGGGGAAUGGCUCGACUCAAUUAAAGACUUUUCCUUAAACUUGCAGAGCCUUAACCUCGACAUCCCCGCCUUAGCAUGCUUAUCAGCUCUCAGUAUGAUCACAGAAAGACAUGGGUUAAAAGAACCAAAGAAAGUGGAAGAGCUAUGCAACAAGAUUAGAAGUAGUCUGAAUGAUCAUUUGGCAUUUGGCUGCCAGACUAAAGGACAACCUCUUGAGCCUACAGAACCUAAGGUACUGAGUGCCCUUGCUGACUUACGUUCUCUCUGCACAUUGGGACUCCAGCGUAUCUUUUACCUGAAACUGGAAGAUUUGGUUCCUCCCCCUUCUAUCAUCGACAGGCUGUUUCUGGACACUCUACCCUUCUGAAUUUUGAAAUUAACCAACGGAUCACCACUGUUUUUCUGAGCAGAAAAGCAGAUUAUUAAUCACAGCUAGUAUUUUUGCCCUUGCUUAACAGAAAAGCAAGUUCAGUGUUUAAAAAAAAAAAGGACUUAUUUACUGGCACAGUUCCUCAAAACCUUACGCCAGAAGACAUAACUUCUUAUUGUGUUGGGUUGUGUUUUAUAGUCCUUUUUUUGUGCGAUUUGUUGGGGUUUUCUAAGAAAUUGCUAAUAAAGCACUUUUGGACAAUGCUAUCCCAGCAGGAAAAAAAAAAGUUAAUAUGACUGUUUUCAAUCUCUUUAUGGGAAAUAAAGUUGUAGAUGCUUUGUAUUUAAAACAAGAACAACAAACAGUUGUUUGCCAGAGUAGUAUGUGUCUUGUGAUUGAUACCUUUAGUAUAUACUUCCUGUAUCAAGGGCACAUAUGUGGUGCAAACUAAACAGAAGUUCAUUUUUUAAAAAUUAUGUGAAAUUAAAGAUUUCAUGUAAUUCAAAUAGAGCAAAAAUAAUCAUGGCUGUUAGCUUCCACAUUCAAGUGCCAUUUUUAAAGUGCUGUCUUACUAAGUCUUGUUUAUUAACUAAUUUAUUUUAAUAAGGAAACUUUAAAAGAAAUUGUUUUUUUUUUAAAUUACAUGCACUAAUUUCUACAACAAAGGCUUCACCUAAUUGACCUAAAACAUUAGACUGUGCUGUUCAGGCCAAGGUUUUUUAUCUGUCUUCAUGAUAGAGUUCAACCACUGCAUCACAGGUCUAUUUAUUUGCAAAACAGUCUAUUCAGCAGCCUGAGACCAAACACAUACAACUGAUUUGGAGCCACCAUACUAACACAACCAGGGUUUCCCAGACUUGCAUUAGUGUAAUUUCUAAAAAACAUCUAUACUUGAAAAACAGAGGGACAUUUUGUGAUUCAUUUGAGCACUUGUUCCCUAGAUAAGGAAGUAAAUAUAAGUAGUAAUUGGAGCAUACAGGGUGAGCAUCAGGGAUAGUAAGUUUUGUUUUGGUUUUGUUUUUUAAUAUAAUUUAAUCUAGGUUUCAAAUUAGUUUUAAAAAGUAAAGAAAAAAAGAAAAAAAAUAGAAAAAAAAAUAGACCUGAGUCAAUUUGUAAGAACAAGCAAGCCUUGUAAAAAUCGUAUGAAUGUAAGUGCUUAGGAAGGCAUAGUGAGCGGGCUGCGAUUAAACAUUCCGUGUUCGUAUUCCCUUUUUGUAUGUUUAUACUGUUGAUGCCAUAUUAAUAUGAGAUACUUUGUUGCAUAGUGUUCUUUGUAUAAACGUUUGUAUGCAUGGUAUAUUGUUAUAGCUUUGCCUGUAUUUAUUGCAGUGACUGCCAGCUCCUGGGAGCUGUGUUACAGAGUGAUCAAGUGGGGUGUUCACAGUGGCUUGGAUACACCAAUUAGAAAGCUAUAAAUAUAUAUAUAUAUAUACAUAGGACAAGUUAUAUAUACAUAUAUUUAUAAUGUGUCUUUUUAUUAAUUAACCAUUUGUAUAAUACAUGUCACUUAUACAUGCAGUUCUUUUAUGGUUUAUUUGCAGUGACUUUUAAGACAGUCCUUACUGUUUAGCACUUUGAUAUUACAAUCUUGCUCAUGUUUUGCUAAAUUCAAAUAAUAUUUGAAGAUUUUAAGCCUAAAAUUCUUUAUAUUAUAUGCACUAUAUCAAGUCAAAAUUUCUUUCAUCGUUUUGCUAAGGAACAAACUUUGAAUGUCAACCUAAUGUCACCGUAGCUUUUGUUAGCUUUAAACAAUUUUGGCUUUAUUCUUUUAAAGAAAAAAAAAACUAUGUUGUUUAUAUGGAGAUUAAAUUAUACAAUCAAA